GUGGUCUCGUCGCUGAAGCGGCACCGCAUGCACGAGCAGCAGUUCACCCACCACCCGCUCCUGGUGCUCAGCAACUUUGGCCUCCAGCAGAUCCACAUCAAGCUCAUGGCCAGCAUGUUCCAGAACAUGUUCCCCUCCAUCAACGUCCACAAGGUCAACCUCAACAGCAUCAAGAGGUGUUUGCUCAUCCGCUACGACGCACGCAGAGACGCAGCUCCUGGACUUGCGGCACUAGUGAGUGCUGCGCGUCCGAGUCCCCGGGGCCGGGAGCGUGCUCCUUGCGUUGCUGUGACGAGGACACGGCUGCUGAUGUCCCCGUGAUAUCGCAGAAGUGAACACUCCGAGGUGUCCAGCUGAUCUUUGCUGCCGCUUCCUUCCUCGGUGGCUCUCGGCCUACUACUGGCAGCAGGCAGUGCCUAGGUGCUUUCCUGGUGUGAGCCAGGCCGCCCCCUAGCACCCCGCCAUCGCCCCCAGGCUCUGGGGACCGUGCUGGCGCCUUUUCUUGGGUUAUG